CGCAUGGUGUUCCGCAAGUAGUGCUCCACACAUGCGCUACGGCGACUGCUCCGAGUGGUCGGGUGAUCGCGUCCUUAGUAACUUCGGCUGACGUCAAGUUCGCAUCGUCUAUUCCAGUUUCGCAGAUCAUAAAAAUGGUAACAGAAAGUGAUUCAGUCGUGUGAGAUAUUCCGUGGCGACGAGUCACCCGGCGCUCUCGUCUGAUACCGCGUUUCGAGCGUGGUUGGCGCGUGUAUUUUACCCACGUGCGUCGCGUUUACCGGUGUUAGCGAUUGAUUUUUUUGCGGAAUGGGUGAAGAAUCUCAGGCCAGCGAUGGCAAAGUGGUUUUAAAACGUAAAAUAACAUUGUUUAAUGGAGUUGGAAUUAUUAUCGGGACCAUAAUUGGUUCCGGAAUAUUUAUAUCUCCGACUGGAGUUUUCUUAUACACUAGAUCUGUUGGCGCAUCACUAUUAAUAUGGCUGGCGAGUGGGCUUCUGUCUACUCUAGGGGCCUUAUGCUAUGCAGAGCUAGGGACCUCUAUCACGAGGUCUGGAGGUGACUACGCCUAUAUCUACACGGCUUUUGGACCCCUACCAGCCUUCCUGCGUAUGUGGAUCGCUCUGCUCAUCAUCAGACCGACGACGCAGGCUAUUGUGGCUCUGACCUUUGGCAAUUAUGUUGUCAAGCCUUUCUUCCCUGAAUGUAAUCCACCGGAAUUGGCUGUGAAACUCCUUGCUGCUGUCUGUUUAUGUAUCCUAACGGCUGUGAACUGCAUCAGCGUGAGAUGGACGAUGAGGAUACAAGAUGUAUUCACAUCAUCCAAGUUACUGGCGCUGGUCGUGAUCAUCAUCUCUGGAAUCUAUUACAUCUGCAUAGGUCACACGGAAAACUUCGAAGGAGCUUUUGAAGGAGAGUUCAGUGCCGGGAACAUCGCACUUGCUUUCUACUCUGGUUUGUUCGCGUUCGGUGGGUGGAACUACCUCAACUUCGUCACAGAAGAACUACAAGAUCCGUACAAGAAUUUGCCCCGAGCGAUAUGGAUCGCCAUGCCGAUGGUGACAAUUAUCUACGUGAUGGCAAACUUGGCCUACUUUGCCGUCGUCACCAAAUCUGAGAUGAUUGUGAACUCUGCUGUUGCUGCGGUGUUCGGAGACCGUUUGUUCGCUGGCUGGAGCUGGAUGAUCCCUGUCUUCGUUGCAUUAUCUACGUUCGGAGGGGUCAACGGUGUUUUGUUUACAUCAGCAAGACUGUUCGCGACUGGUGCGCAAGAGGGACAUAUGCCAGCUUUCUUCUCACUCUUCCAUAUUGAGAAGCAGACCCCUAUACCUUCGCUUAUGUUUACUUGUUUCUUCUCGCUCCUGAUGUUGACGACGAGCAACGUGUUUGAUCUCAUCAAUUAUUUCUCACAAACGUUGUGGCUGUCCGUAGGGGCCUCAGUUGUCGGCAUGCUGUGGUUACGUCGCACCAAGCCUGACAUACCUCGGCCAAUCAAAGUUAACAUCAUCAUUCCAUACUUGUUCCUAAUCGCCAUUGGCUGUUUAGUCGUCAUCCCUGCUAUCACCAGGCCCAAAGACACAGCUAUUGGUAUCGCCAUCCUCCUUUCCGGGAUCCCUGUUUACUACCUCUGUGUCAAGUGGAAGACCAAGCCUGACAUGUACAACUGUCUCUCGGGCUGUUUCUUAAGGUUCCUACAGAAACUUUGCUCAUGUAUUUACGUAGAAUCCAACGAGAAGAUGUCGAAUUGAAACAAUUACGAGUACUCAUUUGGAUUAAGAUUGAAACGUUGAAAAUGGUCGGCUAUACUUAUACAUUUUUGACGAAUGUAUCCAAUAAAAAAUUGAUGUUUAGAUAUUAAAAUGUAAAGGACCAAGCGUAUAUGUAUGUACCUAAUGUGCAACAGAUUUAUGUGUAAGGUACUGUGAUAUAUUAAAUGUUGUAUACGUUUGCAAGCGUAUCAUUAAUGUGUUUGUUAUACAAAAAUAUUUAUUAAAUCUCUGUAUUACCUUUGCUGUUGCUGAGCGCUUGUCUGCGAUAAAAAAGAAUACUCGUUUAUGCGAAAAAGAAACAAUGUUAAAAAGGAUAAACAGAUAAUGGAAGACGCGGUGUCCAAUAAAAAGGGUAAGAAAUAUCAUAA